GCGGCAAAUUCCGAAUUCGAUACUCAAACUUUCUCAUCAUCCCAAACAAAACCAAGAGACCAAGAGUUUCAACCAAUUCACAAUGUCGAUCAUCCCAAGCUUCAGACGAAGCAGCAUUUCCGAUCCUUUCUCCCUCAAUCUCUGGGACCCCUUCAAGGAUUUCCCAUUCCCUUCCUCCUCAUCACUUUCCACAUUCCCUGAAUUUUCCCGGGAAAAUUCAGCUUUCCUGAACACCAGAAUUGAUUGGAAGGAGACCCCGGAAGCACACGUGUUCAAGGCGGACCUUCCAGGGCUGAAGAAAGAAGAGGUGAAGGUGGAGGUUGAAGACGACAGGGUGCUUCAGAUCAGUGGAGAGAGGAAUGUGGAGAAGGAGGACAAGAACGACACGUGGCACAGGGUGGAGCGCAGCAGCGGCAAGUUCCUGAGGAGGUUUCAGCUUCCGGAGAAUGCGAAGGUAGACGAGAUUAAGGCUGCAAUGGAGAAUGGGGUUCUGAGCGUCACUGUUUCCAAAGCAGAGGUGAAAAAGGCCGAUGUCAAAGCCAUUGAAAUCUCUGGUUAAUUAAUUGAGAAAUGAACAUUAUACGAGUACCAAAUUCAAUAUGAUUUUGUGUGAUGAAUGUUGAUAUUAAUAAAAUAAGCGGUUUCUUGUAAAAUUACGAAUUGUGUGUUUUUAAUUUGAUAUAUCGAAUCUAAACUUUGUGUCAUGUUACAAUUU